UGCGACAUACCGCGUUCACUCGACAAGACUUCCGCGGGAAAUUCAGAAGCUUCUGGACACUAUUCCCAUUUGGAGCUAAAUAGCGAAACAAAACAAAACAAACAAACAAAACAAAAACAGGACAAAUAUAACAAAACACGUUUUAACGCGGAAUUAUCACAAUAGUGGACGUUACAAGGCGAGCUAAUCAUCAAAAUGUCCAAAAAGAAAGGACUAAGUUUGGAGGAGAAGAGAAACCGCAUGAUGGAGAUUUUCUUUGAAACAAAGGAUGUCUUUCAGCUGAAAGACAUUGAGAAGAUUGCCCCUAAAACAAAGGGAAUAACACCCAUGACGGUGAAGGAGGUGCUGCAGAGCCUGGUGGAUGACAACAUGGUGGACUGUGAGCGUGUGGGCACGUCCAACUACUACUGGGCUUUCCCUAGCAAAGCUCUGCACGCUCGCGAGCUCAAACUGGAGGAGCUGAACAAACAGGUGUUGGAGGCAAAGCGGCGCAAAACGUCGCUGGAGGACGCGAUUGGAAAAGCCAAAGAAGGACGUCAGGAUACAAAAGAGAGGAGCGCCGUGUUGAAGGAGCUUCAGGCUCUGAAAGAGGAGCGGGCUCAGCUGCAGACUGAGUUGGACAAAUACAAGGAGUGUGACCCACAAGUUGUCGAACAGAUGAGAAAAUCAAAUGUUGUGGCCAAGGAAGCUGUUUCCAGGUGGACAGACAAUGUUUUCGCCAUCAAGUCGUGGACCAAGAAAAAAUUUGCGUUCGACGACAGCCGCAUCGUCAAAGCCUUCGGGAUCCCCGAGGACUUUGACUACAUGGAUUGACGGACUCUCGGCUGUUCAGUUUAAGGGCACGAGCCUUGUGUUGCCGAUAUUGGGCUUUUUUGACACAACCGGAGAUGAAACAAGAGCGUCCUAUUAGCGGGUUAGGCGAUGAAAAUCACUUUGCACCUGUUGGCCUAAAAACUGGGCUUCCCGAGUAUAUCCGUCGUAGUUUGAUUUUGUCAGUUGUUGUGUUAUUUUGCCUUUUUCUAGUGUUAUCAUAGGGUUCCUUUAGUUCCUGUUUCACAAUGUGAGUGUUUAUCCGUUUCUACCCCAGGCCCGUACAAGCAGUAUUUCUGUAUGAGCCAACAAAACCGUAACAAUUUUGUCACGACACGCCAGCGAUGACGACCCGUGUCUUCUCCAAAACGAGAUGCAGAGCAGAGCCGUGGUGUGUUGACUUGACAAGCUCAGUGAGUCUACGCGUGUACUUCGACUUUGGUUUUCCAUCGCUUGUGUCGUAAAACACGUCGCUUUUCUUUAUGCUUCACGGUGCGCCAAGCGACUUUGCGACAGCACAUUGUUCACGUUUGUUUGUUUAAAAUCUGCUCCCCAUGUGAAAUCGUACGAGAGAGAGAGAGUUAGGGGGUCGAGUGGGGGUUGGGGCGGGGGGGGAAUAAAUAAAUGCCUGAGUGCAGCUUUGUUUGAACACACCCACUUGUGGCGUGACAUGGCUCAUGUGUGUACCUGCCCGACCUGUCUACGCUGCCAAUCAUCACUCUAUUUCAUGCUGAUUGUACUGACGAUUAUUGCAAGCACUCUUUCAUUCAUUCAUUUUCCCUACCACUUCUCGUCACAAGGGUCACGGGCGCAUGCAGAUUUGUAAUCUGCACUCGUUCAGGGGAAUUCCUGAGUACGGGGUGCUCAAACCUUUUGGGUCUCAUAGGGGAGAGAUUUUUCCAAAUUUGGCCCCCGGGCCUGAGCUUGACUUAUGUCUGUUAGUAUGUCAAUGUUGUUUUGCAUUGUUUGCUAGCAUUAAGCUAAGCAGACUUUCCCAAGGCAAAGCCAUGUAGUUGUUUUAAAUACACAUGUAAUUCUC